AUGAUAGGAGAAGACAAUUACAAAGGUGCUUAUGAUGAUGAUAUUCCCAACAGUGGUGAUGAUUGGGAGGAAUUGAGGCUCCACACUCAAACUCUUCACUCUCACUCCUUUCUUUUCAUUCUCUCUUACCACUUCCCAAUGGCUCUCUAUCUCCAAACUCUCUCCUUCCUCCUCCUCCUUCUCUUACGUUCAUCCGCUGCCAUGUGGUGCGUUGCUCGGUUCGAUGUUACAAGCCAGGCGCUUCAGGCGGCUUUAGACUAUGCAUGCGCUGCUGGAGCUGACUGCGCUCCAAUCCAACCCAAUGGUCUCUGUUUCCUCCCAAACACCGUUCAGGCUCACGCAUCUUACGCUUUCAACAGCUACUUUCAGCGUGCAGCCAUGGCUCCUGGCUCAUGCAACUUCGCUGGCACAUCCACAAUCGCCAAAACCGAUCCUAGUUAUGGAUCAUGCGUGUAUCCAAAUUCUGUGCGUAACGCUGGAGGGUCAGCUUCGACUACCCCGAUGGGAGGAACACCUAAAACAACCACCGGAAAUAGUCCAAUGACGACACUGAGGCCACCGUCUGGCACCACGACAUCACCGUUUGGAAUAGGUGGCGGUGGACUUAAUCCAGAGGGAACCACUACGACUAACACCGAUGAAUCUGGAGCUUAUGUAAUAAUAAACAAGAGUAUUUUCUCUAUAGCUUUAUUGGUUGCCUUACUUUUGUGGUUUAUAUAGGUGUUAGAUUCUUGUUAUAGAUUACAUUGUACGGCUACAACAUUUUUGUUAAAUGGGUUAAUUAAUCGGGAAGGUUUUGUUAGUGAA